GGAAUGCAUGCUCCAGAGGCUUGACUUUCUUCCCCCGAGCAGAAAUUUUGAUUUUCAAGUACAGCUCUUUGUUGGGCACUUCUGGGCGACCUUUUUCUGAAGAACCACAGCGAUGGGUGGCUUUGGAGUCUCCCCUCGAAGACACGAGCUCGUCCUCCUGGUGCUCUUCCUGCUGCAGAUUCGGAGUCUGGGUCUGGACAUGGAGAGUCAUCCUCCCUCUGAGGUCUGUGCCACACACACGAUUUCUCCAGGACCCAAAGGAGAUGACGGUGAAAAAGGAGAUCCGGGAGAGGAGGGAAAGCUUGGAAAAGUGGGACGCAUGGGGCCGAAAGGGACUAAGGGAGACCUGGGCGAUAUGGGAGACCAGGGCAACACUGGCAAGACCGGGCCCAUUGGCAAGAAGGGUGACAAAGGGGAGAAGGGUUUGCCCGGGAUUCCUGGAGGAAAAGGCAAAGCAGGUACUGUCUGUGACUGUGGAAGGUACCGGAAAGUUGUUGGACAACUGGACAUUAGUGUCGCUCGCCUCAAGACAUCUAUGAAGUUCGUCAAAAAUGCCAUUGCAGGGAUUAGGGAAACAGAUGAGAAAUUCUACUACAUUGUGCAAGAGGAGAAGAGCUACAGGGAAUCCCUGACCCACUGCAGGAUCCGGGGCGGCAUGCUAGCCAUGCCCAAGGACGAAGCUGCCAACUCACUCAUUGCCGACUAUGUCGCCAAGAGUGGCUUCUUCCGGGUCUUCAUUGGAGUGAAUGACCUUGAGAGGGAGGGGCAGUAUGUGUUUACGGACAACACUCCACUGCAGAACUACAGCAACUGGAAGGAGGGAGAGCCCAGCGACCCCUACGGCCAAGAGGACUGCGUGGAAAUGCUGAGCUCCGGCAGAUGGAAUGACACGGAGUGCCACCUCACCAUGUACUUUGUCUGUGAGUUUGUCAAGAAGAAAAAGUAACUUCCCUUGGGCUGCACAUUGGUUAUUACCAUUUCUGUUCUGUUUAUCCAUCCUCUCCUUCCCAGUUACACUAAAUUUGUUCCGACUCAGGACAAGUGGGAAAUGCUAAAUUGAGGUUUUGAAAUCGCCAUUGUUGUGUCCUUCAGGGACAAUUUUAAACAUUUUCAUACAUGGUUUAUUAUUGAGCCAACCAUUUGCCAACUUAGAUGGGUCUCGAAAGAAAGUUUGAUUUAAUGGCUGGGCAAUAAGUAGUUGCUUGCCCCUCAAAUAAAAUGUUCUCUUGGCAUUUGCUCUGCCCCCUUUCCCUAAAGCCCAUACCACUCUCUGCCUCACCCAGUGAGUGAUUGAACACUUGGUUGGUGAAGAUUAGGACAAUCUGCCCUUGCCCAAAGUCAGACAAGAGGGUCUUCUGUUUUCCAGAAAUCCCAAGAUAUUACCUGUCUUUGAGUCUGAGAUCUCCAGUUCUUUGGUCAUUCAUCAUAGCUGUACACACACUUGCAAGGCUCUCUCAUUCACACAAACAUAGAAACAAUUGAACCCUAAUGUCUGUACUAUGAACGUCUAGCCCAGUGAGCUAGACGUUCAUAGUAUUAGACAUUAGGGUUCGAUUGUGGAACACCAGACCACAUAGGAUCACAUAGACCCCGUUUGUGCUUCCGGUCUAUAAUCUUCACAGAAAACUCUAGAAGCUUCCAAGCAGGACCAAAAUUAAGUCUUUAAGUCCUGUUCUCCCUGCCUCUCACAUGUGGUGACAUUUUGCAGGAAGACCUUUACGUUUCAAAACUGUAUGUUGUAAAAACCCCACAGCAAAGAUUCCCUUUCUAGUAUCUGACAUCACAGGAAUGUGUCAAGGGUGGGGUUUGGAACAUGCCUAGGACUCACCUUCACUGAGCUGGUCUCAUUCUACUUUGAACUACAGAUCAAACCUCUAAGGAGCUUUCAUUUGGAAUCUAAAAAUAAACAGUUCAACAAAAUCUCUAGAUUAUUCCCCUUUAAACUGCAGCUCCAGUUAUAGUUUGAGGCAUAUGAUUAGACUGUUUAAAAUGCUGGCAAAGCAGUUAAUGAACUUAGAGAAACAGAUCAACAACAUAUGUUCACCCUAAACCAUCUGUUCAUGAUUUCACCCAUGACUAACUGGUUAUGAGGCAGGACUUAAUUAGGUUAUUUCUGUGAGUUUAACGAGGGUCACACACUCCAGGACUAUAGGGGCCAUACAAAUGACAUAAGUAAGUGAGGUGGGACAGGUGGGGAUCGCAGUGCAUGGUAAACAGCUUGCCGGUCUAAAGGAACCAGCUGCUCCUCGGUGGCUGCUGUUUUUUGCCAUGAAGGACCCAAGGUCACUAUAUGUUCUGAUACUUCAAGAGAUAUCAGAGAGCUGGAACCUUAGAAGGAAUCUUUAUAUUUUUAAAAGUUGGCAUUGAAUCAAUUUUUAACCUAAACUGAAAUCAUAACCUUUAUAUUUCUCACUUCCUGGGGAAAGUGCUAAAGGUUCUAACCAUAUUGAAUGUCAUUAGGACAGGGUGACAUCAAAGUCAAGAUCUCCCAUUAAUGACCUCAUUCAGCCCAGCUCAAUCACAGGAAUGCCUACAGUGUCUGCCACUCAUCAAGUUAAUAAGCUAGUUACUCAUUCAGGCUUCUGAGACUGUGGCACAGGAAUGUGGAAGCCAGGGCAGUUUAAUAAAAACUACAAAGAGAACACCAUAUCAAAACUUUUAUCUUUGGGUAGGAUGCCAGCCAAGAACAUGACGAACAAGAAUCUAGAAAGACGUGGGGAAAAGAAAGGGAAGGGAAGAGAAGAGAGAGAAGGAAUGGACAGAAAACCUUGUCUAGGACCUCCACUGGGAGCCACACUCUGAUUUGUUCAGAGACCCCCAAAUAUGACUAUUUGUUGUAUGUAUUAAAAGUGCUAUUGUUAUUUCUAUUAUGAUUGUUAUAAUAAUAACAACAUUUUUAUCCAUGGCUCUUCUUUGCUGCCAGUGCUUCCAAGAGAAGACAAUGGAACUUCAAAGAAUAGGAUUCAUCCUUCCACCCAGCCUGGAAGAAAGGCUUAAUUAGUUUUAUUAUGAAACUAAUACUUAAUUAGUUUCAUAAUUAAACCACACACUUAAUUAGUUUUAUUAUGAAACCCACAUUGUGCUUUACAAAAAAAACACCUUCAUAUGUCAGAUUUCAUGUGAUUUUGAUGAACUUUGGGAAGUACGAAGGGCAGACAUUUUUACUCUCAUUUUCCCAAUGAAGAUAAUUGAGGCCCAAGAAAGCCACACAAUUUACCAAAACUGGCUCAUCUGAGGGAAAAGUAGGACUAUCCUGCUGACUGAAACUGCCAAGCUGGCGUUUCCUCCAGUUUCUGUUUAUUGUUCUUAUAUUCGAUGGAAGUUCAUGCACAAUUCCCUCAUAGUAACACAGCCUCCAAUAAUGUCUUUUGAUUAUCUUCCAAAGUUAAAGAUUAGGCCCCAUUAACAGAGAUGUUGGGGAUUCUGAAACUUGCCUUACAAAUGUGGUGUUCACUGGCUUACUUUUUUAUUCACUAAUGUCUACACAUGGCAUUGGUGUUGGGAAGCUGACUUAGUACGGCCUCACUGUAAUUUUGUAGGUAACUGUGGAUGUAGGGAAAACAAAGUAGAUAUAUAAAAAUCAAGAUUUGGCCCCAAGAAGCAUGUAAUUUUUUGCCCCAUAAAAGAAUUUACUAGAGAAUUCGCUUAAGUAACUAGCAUUUAAAAUUGAUUUUAUUCUCAAAAGUUGAACUUAUAGUCAACUUUUCAGGAACAUAUCUGGGUACUUCCCAAGGAUAACAUAAAGUUUCCAAGGGAACAAACAUUUUUUAAAAACCUAUUUUACAGUCUCACAACACAGCCAUAUCAAAGCAGCAUAUUCCAUAACCAGACAAGAGAAAAUAGCUAUGCCCAGAGUCACAGCCCAACCACUGUAGAAAGGUGUGCAUUCUGUGUUGAGAGCAGUAUUGCCAUCAUGGAUUAUACUUUGGACAACUCACCCAUAAAAAUGGCUGGAGUUUUUUAAUGUAUUUUUAAUUUCUACCUAGAUCUGUGUUACCCAAAUAUGAGUGGCUUUGAUUAUUACCAAAUUAAUUUUCAGCUCUCUGAAACACAGAUUGCAUUUCUUGCAACAAUAAAAUAUCUGUGGAAUAGGACAGGUUAAGCGAACAGUAGCACCAUUGCGUCAAUAACAGACUGAGACAAAAGGUUUGCAGGGAAUCCCGGUUGGAUUCUGUGUAGGGUAAUGUGGGUUUGACUGCUCCACUUGGAAAUUCACACUCUAGGUCUGGUGUCAUGACUGCCAUGAAGUUCAGUGCCAAUGGUGCCACUUACCAGCCUUCAUAGGGAAAUAUUUUCCACAAUCUAACUUUGUUUUCCUAAUCUGUAUAAUUCUUCCUCACAGAGUGUUGUUACGUUUUAAGGAGGUAAUAUGUAAUAAGGCCAGACAUGUUAUAUGGAUACAAUAAAGCACACAUUGCUAUCAGCUACAUGUUGAGAAGAAGCAAGCCAUAUUUUAAUAUAUAUAAAAACAUGUAUACAGUAUAUAGAUACCAUAUAUAUGCAUAUAUGUGUGUAUAUAUAUAUUAUACGUGUGUGUGAAUACAUAGAUACAUUUUUAUCUUCUUUUCUAGAUAAAAUUUCAUUUUCAGGGCAGUAAAUAAACUGCCAAAUGUUGUGCUUCUGAAGUGAAUUAGAGCUGAGAUUCAUAAGUAAAUUCGAUUGAUUCUCUAACCACCUACACUUUUUCUAAAAUGCAGUUCAUCUAAACCCUUAAAAUGUGUUUAUUACAUAAAAGAAACAUUUUUAAAUUAAAAAAUAAAAUCAGUGACUUGUAUUACUUUGAGAUCAUAAGGUCUUCAGCAUCAAGCUAAGUCCCUUAAAAUCAGAGAGUGGGGAGAAGUCAUGUCAUUUCGAACGGAGAUUAAAGGGAAGGAAGAAAUUUGCCAUGGACCUUGUACACACAAAUCUUUUCAUAAAUAUUGGGUGUUCCCGUACUGCACCUUGAACCGGUGGUAAUGCGGUCUCUAUUUGAAAUCCAUGUUUUAGGUAACUUGCUAACCUCAUUAGAAGGUUUUUCUUUAGAGUGAGCUUCUCUUCAGUCUCUACACGUUACCCUGCCUUUCGCCAUUCAUGACUUUAAUAAAGGUACAAGUGGGCUAAGGAGCGCCAUCUUCACUGU